UGUAGGUGCUGGAGCUCAGUGUCAGCAGCAGAGAGAGAGCAGCUGGAUGGAGCCUGUGAGUGACAGCCCCGCUCUACACUGACCAGCCAGCAGCCAUGGAGUUUGGAAGAGUUUGGUCCAGACAUCAGAGGACGCUGCUGAUCACCAUGAUGAUGUUCAAAAUGGGCCUGCUGUGCACGGCUGCAGCAGACACGUGUUUGUCCUCUCCCUGCAACAAUGGAGCUACAUGUGUGGACCACCUGGAGGACUACGUGUGCCUGUGCCCCAAAGGACCGGUGUGGUACACGGGGGCGUACUGUGAUGACCUGUAUGACCCCUGCAGCCUGGCCCCCUGCACCAACUGUACCAGCCAACCUGGGACCAGCGCGUACACCUGCCACUGCCCCGACGGCCUCACGGGCCUCAACUGCACCGAGGAUGUCGACGAAUGUCAGAGCAACCCCUGUGAAGGAGCCCGCUCCAACUGUGUCAACGGAGAGAACAGCUAUUCCUGCCACUGCCCCCUGGGGUCGGGAGGGGAGGACUGCCAGGGUAAUGUGACCACUUGUUCAGAGGAAACAUGCCAGAAUGGAGGCACCUGUAUGGACAUCCCUGACUUUGGGCACAGGUGCCAGUGUGCGGCUGGGUACCAGGGGAUGGACUGUGAGGAGAACGUGGAUGAAUGCUCGUCUGAGCCCUGUCACAAUGGAGCCAUCUGUAAAGACGGGGUGGAUGCCUACCAGUGUUUCUGUGUGCCGGGAUUCCAAGGCUACCACUGUGACCUGGACAUCAAUGAGUGUGCCUCCCAACCCUGUCGGAACAAUGGCACCUGUCUGGACCAGGUGGAUCACUACAGGUGUGACUGCGCUCCAGGAUUCAAAGGGGUUAAUUGUGAGGUGGACAUCGAUGAGUGCGAGGUGCAUCCCUGCCAGAACGGAGCCACCUGCCGCGAUCACAUCGCCGUGUACACGUGUGAGUGCUUGGCCGGCUUCCAGGGUCAAGACUGCGAGGUCAACAUUGAUGAGUGUGCCAGUUCCCCCUGUCUGAAUGAGGGCCGGUGCCUGGAUGGGGUCAACAGCUAUGAGUGUGACUGUGAGGGGACCGGCUUUGUAGGCCUCCACUGUGAGGAGGAUAUUCCAGAAUGUGCUUCAGACCCCUGCCAGCAUGGAGCCACCUGUGUGGAGGGGGUCAACCAGUACAUGUGCCAAUGCUGGCCAGGUUACCAGGGGGAGAACUGCCAGGUGGAUACAGAUGAGUGUGAGCAUCAUCCCUGUGAGAAUGGUGGCAAGUGUUUCCAGCGCUCAGAUAUCCUGAACUAUGGCUCCCUGCCUGAAUUCAGCAAAGCCAAUUUCAGCUAUGAAGAGGCCGCCGGUUUCAUCUGCCGCUGUCUGCCGGGCUUCACUGGAGACAACUGCUCAGUCGAUGUGGACGAGUGUGAGUCUGCUCCAUGUCUCAAUGAGGGAACCUGUCAGGAUCUGGUCAACUCUUAUCAGUGUGUGUGUCCAGACGGCUUCACAGGAGUUCACUGUGAGGUGGACAUCAACGAGUGUGACAGCAAUCCAUGCCAGAAUGGUGCCACGUGUGAAGACUUUGCCAACUCCUACAGGUGUGUGUGCCCCGUCCCAGAGCCAGGCCAUGACCCCUGGGGUGGGAGGGACUGUGACGUCCGUCUGGAGGGCUGCAAACAGCACCAGUGCCAACAUAAAGCGGGUUGCAUCCCUGUGCUGACUGAUGACGAAGAACACAACUACACCUGCCUGUGUCCGCCUGGCUGGACUGGAGAACGCUGCAACACCUCCACCACUUUCUCCUUCAACUCAGAGGGCUACAUCCACAUGCAGCUGCCUGUUUCCAAAACCAGAACAAAGAGAGAGGCGAAAGACAGAAACCAAGGGCUCCACAUGCAUGUUCGAUUCAGGAGCACUCUGCCCGACAUGGUGCUGUACCACCGGGGCUCCACUGAGCGCUUCAUUUCUUUGGAGCUUGUUGGAGGCUCCCUUCAGGCCAGGGUGAAGUCAGGGAAGGUACUGCAAGUCAUUUACCCCGGCCCAGUCAAUGACGGGGAGUGGCACCAGGCCACUGUCACCAUGGAUGAGAGGCUGGUCAUGGUUGUAAAAGGACCCGGCUGUGAGGAAGGGUGCCUGGUAAAAAAUGAGGUCUACAACCAUCUGAUGUUUGUCCAGCCCAGCUCCUUUCCACAGCUGUAUGUUGGAGGGGUGCCACAGGAAUAUUUAGCCUACACGUCCAGUGGAGGGGCGUUCAUUGGCUGCAUGGAAGACUUUCAAGUUGAUCACAAGCUGCUUCUUCCUCAGGAUCUCAUUAGAGAGGAGAACCAGGGGUUGGAAAUAGGAUGCAGCAAAAAAGAUUGGUGUGAAGAUGACCCAUGCAUGCAGCGAGGGCAGUGUGUGGACAUGUGGGUCCGUCCCAGCUGUCAGUGUCAUCGCCCCUACUAUGGAGGAAGCUGUGACAAAGAAUAUCCCUCCUGGACCUUCAGUCAUGAGAACACCACCAGCUACGUCAGCUACAACAUCUCGGAAACCCAUGGAGAAAACUUCACCAUCUCCUUUUUGUUGCGCUCGCUCAAACACAAUGGUCUGCUCCUGCAGCUUCGUCGAGAAGGAAAGCCCUACCUGACCCUUUAUCUGAAGGAGGGCACUGUUGCUAUUUACAGCCCUCACACCACCCUGCUCUCAGAGGCCAAGCUCGUCACUGACGGCAACAAUUAUUUAGUAGCUGUACAAGUACAGUAUGGCCAUGUGGUCUUCCCCAAAGCAGGGAAUCAUCGUGCCCUAGGGAACGUGAGUGUAGAGGCAGGGGAUGUGGCAUAUGUGGGGGGGCUCCCUUCAGGCAUGAGCAUGAAUGCCUGGGGUGGAAAUAUGAAGGGCUGCCUGCAGGACAUCCGGCUGGACCACAAGCAUCUGACCACUGAGGGUCUUCCAGAGGGGGUGGAGGUCUACCAGGCCAGCACAAUGGAGAACGUGCUGCCAGGAUGCCAAAGUGAUGACACAUGCAAGGAUCAGCCCUGUUUAAACGGUGGACAGUGUCAAAUAACCUGGAAUGACUUCCAGUGCAACUGUUCCAUGAAGUACUCUGGCCUCCUGUGUGAGACCCGCCUGUGGUGCGUGGACCACCCCUGCUCUGAAAGGGUGCGCUGUGUGGACCUGCAGGAUGGGUAUGAGUGUUUGACUGAAGCCAUUUUUCAGGACAAUGCUCUUCAGUAUGUUGCCAACAGCUCCCUGCUGAGCCCAGUGACCGACAUCACUAUGGACAUACGGACACGUGACGAGAACGGGAUCCUGUUGCGGGCCGCCAGCAGAGCGGAGGUCUUCUGCCUGGGGCUGCUCAACUCCUCCCUGCUGGUCAAACUGGACAGUGGGGCGAGCGCUGAGCUGCUGGCCUUCACAAGUGACAGAGUGAUUGCAGACGGAGCAUGGCAUCACAUCCAGCUCACCAUGGUGGAGCCCACACACUCAGUGUCCCGCUGGCGCCUCACCGUCGACGGGCAGAGAUUGGGGGGUAGCUUCGGCGUUGGUGGCAACCUCAACUUCCUCAAUGACACCAAUGUGUGGCUGGCUGAAAAAUACACUGGAUGCUUAGGGGAAGUGAGGGUGGGGGGAGUCUACCUGCCACUCAUUAACGUACCAGACGCCCCGCAGAUGAGCCGGUUCUCCAGACUGGGUGGGCACGAGCCAAUCAUAGGAUGCCAGGGUUCACCGAUUUGUGAUUCCCAGCCCUGUCUCAACCAGGGUGUGUGUCAGGACCAGUUUAAUGAGUUUAACUGCAGCUGCAGUGCAGGAUGGGAGGGGGAGCUGUGUGAGUUGGAGGUAAAUGAGUGUUCUUCAAGUCCCUGUGGCUACGGUACAUGUAAGGACCUUCUGGCAGACUACCAGUGUGACUGCCACCCCGGAUACACAGGGAGAGACUGUAAGGAAGAGCUGGAUAACUGUCUGGAGUUCAGUUGUGUGAACGGAGGAACCUGCAUGGACAAGGGGGAGGCUCACACAUGUUCAUGUCCUCGGGGCUACGUCGGAAAACGCUGCCAGUGGCGUUUCCCUCCAGUGGCGUGUGAUGCAGACACUAAGUGUCUUAAUGGGGGGGUUUGUAUAGGAGGGGACUCAGGAGGCAACUGCACCUGCAAGCCAGGAUACACUGGAGCCAGGUGUGAGACAGAAAUAGACGAGUGUGAGUUCAGGCCUUGUCUCAAUGGGGCCACCUGCCUGGACAGACUCAACCACUUCCAGUGUGUGUGUGUGCUGGGCUUCAGUGGCAGAGUGUGUGAGAACAACAGAGAGGAGCACACGGAGCGCGUCCCCUGGCUGGUGGUCACCAUCCCCCUCACCACGCUGUGUGUGCUGGUGGCCAUCCUGGUGGUGUUCUGCAUGGUCAUGACAGCGCGGAAGAAGCGUCAGUCAGAGGGCACGUACAGCCCGAGCUCCCAGGAGGUGGCUGGGGCCAGGCUGGAGAUGGGCAGUGUCCUCAAAGUGCCCCCCGAGGAGAGGCUGAUCUGAGGCCAGAGGAUGUGUACAGGGCUCCUGCCCUACGAGGAAGACAUGGAGGAUAAAUCAAUGACUGAUCCUCCACCUGGGAACACAGCUUAAGUCAAGGUCUCACAGAUGGACAGGUGAAGACCAGAGAGAGGCUCCCCUGUCGGGGGGGGUGCUCUCACUCUAGACCUUGAAGAGUUGAGUCUUGAGGAAAUCUCCCCUGGGACUAAAAUCAGGUCAGGACCAUGUGAACAAAAGUCAUUUUGGAUUUUAAGAAAUGUUGCACUGGCUGGACAACUCUGAAACUGAACUCCACAUGAUGAAGGGGCAAGUAUUCAGGAAAACCAAACCUUGCUUUUCCAAUUCCACGGUUGAUUCUGUUUUCACCAGAAAGAAGUGUACCAGGAAAAGAAAACAUUGGAAAAUGUUGUUGAAUCAGUGUUUGAUUUGCAUGAGUAAAAAUGGCUUAUUAUUAUCAGGGCCGCACUUUCUUUACCAUCACAAUCCUUAUUAAACACACAUAUGCAAGACAUAUGUGUGUUUAUUGUGAAACAGACGCUCAUUUACAUCCUGUUCUGCUAGAGGUCACUUGCUAAUGCUAAUCCCACAUGACUUCAACUCUUUCAUCAAAAUGGGUUUGGCCCCUGAUAUCCUCCUUUAACUUUACAUCUGUGUUUUUGGUCUGCCUCAAAAAUGUGAAGAAGCAGAAGAAGGAAUGUAUUUGUGAAUCAAACCUGAUGUUCUGUUUUGCUGAAUCAGAAAUGUUGAAUUUUUACAAAAUGUUCAUGUACUCAGUUACAAGGUCAUUUCUCCUUAUUUAAGCUUCUGCAGUCUGUGAAUGAAGACAUGCAAACAGUUCAUACGAUGGAGCCUGACUCCGAACCCCCAACAGAACAUGUGAAUGAAUGACUCAGAAACGGUAUAUUUGCUGUAAUAUAUUGUCAAUGUGCACUGUACAGGCUGCCUAUUAUUGGUCACUGUGUAAUAAUGCUGUCAGUUUGUGUUGUGUAUCAUUUGCUGCAAAAGUUAAAGUCACUGUAUUUUUUGUAAUCAUUUCUCUGGGAACAGAAUAGGAUUGUGUUUUAUGCUGUAUGUAAGUUGUCAGUGUUUUUGGAUAUAAAUAACUUUUUUCAGAUGUCUAGAAAAAAGGAGAAUUCAGCAAAGUCUAGUUAAAUUGUAUCUAAUUUAAAGAAAUGUCCUUAAAGUCAGAUGGCACUACCCUCACAUUUGAAGUCCAGGAAGUCUCCCUGUUCACUCCCCUUUCACUCUGUCCUCCCCGGGGCUCCUAACUGAACAACCAGGACUCUGCUGCAGGAAACUGAAGGUUCUGAUGUUACCCAUGUAUUGUAUUUCAUGAAAUAGAACCGGUUGUGAAAGGAAAGUAUCAUGCAAGUCAGAGCUAAAUAUGAAUUAGAGAAACUCUUGUCAUUACUAUUCAGAGUAGUAUUGAAUGCCAUUUUAAAAGAGCAAUAUGUAUGAAUUUCAUCAUGAUCUGUAAUGUUUUAGGUAUGGGUUGACAUAAUGUCAAUCAUUUUCUAGAUAUUACAGUUAUCUCUGAUUUAUAUAAUCCAAUUUAGUACAACUAACCCUAUAUUGCUUAAAUGUGGUUAAUCAGAUCCACUAUAUGGCUUAAAGUAUGGAGACAUCCCUGUCCAAUGUAAAACCCAUUCCUGUUCAAACAUGACAAUGCCCUCAGUCAUCCCAGUUAUGUACCUGACUGAGGUAUCGCAGCACAUCAUUACCAUGGUUUAAAUAAAACCAGCAUCAGACCAGAUCGACUAAGAGUCUUACUGUAAUGGGCCUGUGGGAAGCUGACAAGCCUGACAUGCAAACAUUUAUUUUGGAAGAAAAGAGAGAUGAACGGGGACUGUGUUCCCUCAGAUUCAUUCAGAUCUACUUGUAGUAUUCGACAUAAUGACCCUGACCUGUGGUCGUAAAAUGUGAACCUCACAAUUAUCAUUUAUAAUUUUGACCCAGCCCAAAUGUGUACCUGGGUCGGGUCUAAGUUCCUCAAAGCUGAGUGGACCCCAUUCAUGAUAUCUAUUGUCUGUUUAAUAUCUUGUUGUUUUGUUGUAAAUCCAGGAAUUAGAUAUGGUUCACAAGUGGAAAUACAAAAUAUUUAUUUACAGUACAUUUAAACUGAUCCAUACUGCUGCUUCUCUCUCUGAGGUUGUUACAACUGGCUACAUGCAGGGUUUAAUACAUGAAACGACAGUAUGUGCCUUCCUGUUUCCUGCAUCCAUCAAACACAGAUAACGCCUUUGUGAGGACUGUAUUUCAAAGAGAGGUUAAUGAAAGGAAGAACCUCAGGACACAUAUUCAAACAUUGUUUAAUUCAUUAUGGUAUUGUACAGACCUACUGUGAUAUGGUGUUGUAAUAACAGCAGGACAUCCACAGGACAGCUUUGCACAGAAUGGUAGUGAUUUCACACUGGAGUUGUUUUAAGUAAAGCCGUACCAUGUACAGCACAUCUACAUUCCAUGUUUUUUUUCUUCCAAAACAGGAUAUAUUUACAUUAGGGAAUAACCAGGAUUUAGAUUAUGACUGAUAGUCCAAACCAAGCCUUUUAUUUAUCUGCACUGAAAACACAGAUUUAACAACAUAACUGUAUUAGGUUAGUUCCAAGCAAUAAUAUUAAGUUGAACCUAAUUUUUUGAAACGCAUUAUUAUUGCUUUCAACUAACCUAAUACAGUAUUGGAAAAUCUAUAAUACAUUUAGUUAAAGUCAACGUUUCAGUUAUUCGGUGCACUUCAUAGAAACCUCUGUUUUUUUAAGUGAAUAUCUCCUUUUGAAGUAAAUCUCUUUAUUAGUACUAAGUGUGCAUAUGAGGAAGAUUUUGUGUUUAAUGGUCAUUUUGUGCAUUUAGUUUGAAAUGGCGCUUCAACUGAAUGAAUGUCAGUGGGCAUGAAAUGUGUUCAAUGAAAAAUAAAAACAAAAGAAAAU